AUUUUCUUUAAAAGAUAAGCAAAGGUCAAAAUAAAUGAUAUUAUUUUCAAUAGGUCUGUUUUCUGAUCUCAUAACGGAACUGAAAAGGGGAGAGCGAUUCAUCAUGUUCGUAGUUUUCGUUGCCCUUCUGUCAUCUGCUUCGGCAGCCAAAUAUUGUUGCGCUCCGCCCCAAUGGGAGGGGGACAUGGGCAUUGUCAUGGGCAUUGUUAAUCAAGGACAGUCAACGAUAGUAGAGGGGACGAUGACCAUUUCAACUGACGAAGUGAAUGAAAUUGUUGCAUUCAACCAAACACUGGCGGUGGACGGAAAACCCGUAAACCAGCGUAUAGUUAACGAUAAGAAAAAUAAUGUAAUGUACAUCAUGGACUCUACCGGUUGUCACAAAACUGUUGCCUCACCAUUUCUCCUCGGCUGUAUUCCAGAUAAUGCGACAGAGACAACUGAUAAUAUACAUUAUGGUCUUGGAAGCAACUCUGUCAAAGUAAAGGCAUACACGAUUAAUUACUCUGGAUACUCGGUGUAUAUGGCCGUGACUGCGGACAGCUGCGUACCCGUCACCGAGGUUAUAACUGGAAGUCUAGAGGCUAUCACAGGACAACAGGAAUACGGCCCUUCGGAAACAAUGGAGGCUUUAUCGUUUGCUAACAUUAGUCCAGGUAUAGCAAAUAGAGCCGUGUUCGAUGUUCCAGCCCAGUGUGAACCGAGACAGACCCAACCAAUUGGUCGACGUGCAUUAUUCGUCAUUUGAUUUCAUGUUCAUAUCAUUGUGAAAUAUAAACUGUAUCUAUAAACAAA